UGGAUGUUGCUAGAUAAGACAUUUUGGAGGGAUGGUUGAAAAAUGGCUGCAGUAGCUACAGUACUUGCUACCGAAGUUAAGAGCUAGCAGCUAGUUAGUUCCAAUUUCUGUAGGAGUAAAACGUGGUUUUCCUAGGAGGAAAGGAAAAGUUAUAUGAGGAACUGAUUUAUAAUCGGGUAAUGUAGCUACCAAAUGAAAUGGGUAGUUAGCUGUAUGCAACGUGGCUUCAUACCUCUUGAAAUCUGCCUGUGUCAAAAUCUCAUACAGGUCACAGAAACGAUAAAUGGAAAAUGCAGAGGGCUGUGUCGAGUUACCCCUUUGCGCCGUCUGUUAAAGUGAAACUGCUAAAUGCUGGGUUUCAUUCUGCUGCAGACCUGUGUGAUUUGCGACCUCUUCAACUCAGUAAAGAGGCUGGCAUCUCCCAGGAGGAGGCAGUAGAGGUGCUACAGGCUGUGAGGUGUGAGCCUGGCCAGGAGAGGGCAGCAGCAAGCCAGCUGACAGCUCUGGAGCUUCUGGAAAGAGAGCAGGAGCUGGGCUCCAUUGUCACUUUCUGCUCAGCACUAGACACUGCCCUGGGAGGGGGUUUGCCCGUGGGAAAAACCACUGAAGUCUGUGGGGCACCGGGUGUGGGGAAGACACAGCUGUGUAUCCAGUUGGCAGUAGAUGCACAGAUCCCAGUGUGUUUUGGGGGGCUGGGAGGCAAGUCUCUAUACAUAGACACGGAGGGCAGCUUCCUAGUCCAGAGGGCCGUGGACAUAGCCCAGGCAGCCGUGGAGCACUGUGGGCUUCUAGCAGAGGAUGCAGAGCAGCAGGAGUCCUUGAAGGAGUUCACUGUAGAAACAGUCCUCUCUAACCUCUUCCUUGUCCGUUGUCAUGACUACGUGGAGCUGUUGGCGGAGACUUAUCUCCUGGCUGACUUCCUUGCUCAUCACCCUGAGAUCCGCUUGGUGGUGAUUGACAGCAUAGCCUUCCCGUUUCGCCAUGACUUUGAUGACCUUUCCCAGAGAACCCGCCUCCUAAACGGCCUGGCCCAGCAGCUUAUUCAGAUGGCCACCAAUCACAAUGUUGCGGUAAUUCUUACCAAUCAGAUGACUACAAAAGUUUGGAAUGGCCACUCAAAGCUUGUUCCUGCCUUAGGUGAGAGCUGGGGUCAUGCUGCUACUCAGAGACUCAUCCUGCACUGGGAGGGCACAAACAGACUGGCAUCCCUAUACAAGUCACCCAGCCAAACGGAGGCCACAGUACGCUACCAGAUCACCGCUCAAGGCUUUCGGGAUGUACCCCACUCAAACCAACCAAAGGCUUCAGUUGACCCCACUGUGAGCCAAUCGGGAAGCAUGAGCAAGCGGCCCCGGAUGGAAGAGGUCUAAUCUGCAAGAAUUUAGGAAGACCUGGUGCUAGAUCAUGAAUGAGAAACAGUUUUUUAGAAGGUAAUAUACUUGUGAACAAAAACCCAGUAAAUAUGGUACUCUGCUUCUAAGUACUUGGCUCAACACAAUGUAAAAUAUUACACUUUUAGUUUUUUAAUAUAAUAUUUGCCAAUCAAAAUAGCUGCCCUGUAAUUACUGUAUUUCACAGAUUGCUUGUUUUUGUAUUGUAUUCAAUGAAGAAUUAAACUUUUUGAUUUGCUGUAAUAUAUAUCUGAAAGACUGAACAAUUUGUGUUUUGGUGGUGUACAUUAGAAAAUGUUUUUUGUGUAUGUGUACUGUUUAUCUUCACACUUCAGACACCAUUGCAACAACAUAGCCACUAGCCACUUCCUCAAAAUAGUUCCCUGUUUAUAA